AUGAAUAAAUCCUUACAAAAUUUUAAACAGAUGUUUAAAGGCAUCGAUUGGAGUAGUAUAUUUAUGUUGAUUAUGUUGUUGUUCCACGUCAUUCUUUCAAAUAAUUACGACAACUGGACUUCUUUUUCCAAAGUGAUUUUGAGUGGAGACGCCUAUGCUAACUACUGUCCCACUGAAAAAAGAAAUGGUCCGCCUUUUCCAACUGGUAGGUGUGGAAAACAACGCCUAUAUGUAUCAAAACUUCUACCAAUUAUUAGGUCUACGAACUUUAUUUUUUCCCCUAUUGCUGGACUUUCAUUGGACAAAUUUGGCCCUUUGAUUACAGUAUCAUUUGGUAUUAUGUUUGCUAUACUUUGCUGGGUAACUUUUGGAUUUCUGAUAAAAACUAAUUGGUGUGUAGUGAUGGGUUGCAUUUUUUUGGGGAUGUCAAUAGAUCCCUCAAAUUUUCCACCGUUGAUGAUUAAGCACAGGUUUCCAAAUUCAAAAAAUAUAGUUUUUGCUCUAAUUGGGGCAUCAGCAUCACUGGGCUCAACUGUACCCAUUAUAAUGAAUAAAGUACUUGAAAAUACAAGUAUAACCUUUAAAGGUUUAUCAUUUAUUUAUGCAUUUGCAUUUUUAGGUAUAAAUUGGGCGUUUGUAUCAAUUAUUUUUUUUAAGCUAAUGAAGGAUAAUGAUGGUAUAUGUUUGGAUCAAGACUGCAAUACAGACAUAGAUUUAAGUAACGCUUCCAUUUGCGACUGCCUGAAGUCCUUGAAAUUUGCAUGUAUCUCGAUAUUUUUUUUCGUUGUUAAUUUGACAUUGACAUAUCAUCAGUAUUUUAUUAAUGCAACUUACAAAAGCGAUUCGUACACGAUUCAAAUAUUGGAAAUUUCAUUUGUAUCAUCAUUCAUUCCGUGCAUUAUACUUGGGGUGCUUGUGGAAAAGUUUGGAAUAGCGAUUGUAUUAUUGUUGCUUAACUUCUUUGGGCUAUUGGUACCAAUUUUAUCGCUAUAUCCUAACAAUGUCACUGGGAUCAUAAUGUCAUUGUGCAUCAUGCUGAUGUAUUCCAUGUUCACAACUCCAAUCUUCUGUUAUGUUCAACAGGCUUUUCCCAAACAUGUUUUUGGAGUUAUUAGUGGCAUUAUAUAUACAAUAGGAGGUUGUGCAGCAAUGGCAUGUCUUCCACUAUUUGAGUUGUGUGAAUCGGAUUCCACACGAUAUACCAUUAAUAUUGUAAUGAUUAUAAUCCGGGCAGUGUCUUUUGUCCCACUGUGGUAUAUAUACAAGGCAGGAUCUCUCAAACAACUCAGCGAUGUGUAA